GUAGGCUCCCUUCCACGCCGGAGAACCGGGACUGAUCCCACAUGCACCUCCAAACAUUUUGUUCUUGUGAUUUUUUUAAGGGAGAUUUUAUUUAGAGGCGGUGCUUAUUGGCUCCAGAGUAGCGUCGUAACGACACUUUUUUUUUCCUCCCCCCCAGUCCCUUUUAAAAAGAGUUAGACCGGGGGCAGAGUUGGUACUGGGGGGUCGCCUAUAGUUUAGUCAUUUCUUGGGGGGGGGGUAAUCGCUGCGUUUUUUUUUCUUUCAUACCAUCAGAUUUUCUAUUUUAUUAUUUUUAUUUUUUUAAUUUUUCUAUUUCUCUGAAAUACCGCCACCCUCUCACUCUCAAGAUCUGAUACCCCUUCGAGAUUUUUCCAUUCAGACCAUGAACAAACUAUAUGUUGGGAAUUUAAGUCCUUCGGUUACUGUCGAGGACUUGAAGGAGCUCUUUGGGGAGAGGAAGCUGCCCGUGGCCGACCAGGUCCUACUGAAAUCCGGCUAUGCUUUUGUGGACUUCCCCGACCAGAACUCGGCCAUAAAGGCUAUAGAGACUCUUUCUGGUAAAGUUGAACUCCACGGAAAGGUGAUCGAGGUAGACUACUCUGUUCCCAAAAAACUAAGGAGUCGGAAGAUCCAGAUCCGGAACAUUCCCCCUCAUCUACAGUGGGAGGUUUUGGACGGCCUUCUGGCGCAGCAUGGCACUGUAGAAAAUGUGGAACAAGUGAACACGGAUACAGAAACAGCGGUGGUGAAUGUUACGUACGCAACCAAGGAGGAAGCUAAAGAAGCGAUCGAGAAGUUAACGGGACACCAGCUGGACGACUACUCUUUCAAGGUGUCAUACAUCGUGGACAUGGAGGCCGCUCCGCCCGACCAGGCUCCCCGCACGCGGCGCGGGGGCCGCUCGUCCCGAGACCAGGGCGGCAGUCAGGCCGGGCCCUCGGGAGACUUCGGCGCCCCGCGUACCAGACAACACGACUUCCCCCUGCGCAUGCUUGUGCCUACUCAGUUUGUGGGAGCCAUCAUUGGCAAGGAGGGCCUCACCAUCAAGAACGUCACCAAACAGACGCAGUCCAAAGUGGACAUCCAUCGGAAGGAAAACGCAGGUGCGGCAGAAAAGCCCAUCACCAUCCACUCUACUCCCGAUGGCUGCUCCUCUGCCUGCCGCAUGAUCCUGGACAUCAUGCAGAAGGAAGCCAGCGAGACCAAGACGACGGAGGACAUCCCUCUGAAGAUCCUUGCCCACAACAGCCUGGUGGGCCGGCUGAUUGGGAAGGAGGGCCGCAACCUGAAGAAGAUCGAGGAGGAGACAGGGACCAAGAUAGGCAUCUCCUCGUUACAAGAAUUAACCCUUUACAACCCCGAGAGGACCAUCAUGGUGAAGGGCAGCUUGGAGGCGAGUUGUAAAGCCGAGGUGGAGAUCAUGAAGAAACUGAGGGAAGCCUACGAGAACGACAUCGCUGCUGUCAACCAACAGUCCAACCUGAUCCCAGGCUUGAACCUGAACGCUCUAGGCAUCUUCUCCUCUGGUUUGCCGGUUCUGCCCUCGGCUGCUGGACCACGUGGCGCAGCGCCCCCUAUGGCGCCAGCGGGGUACAACCCAUUCUUUAGUCACUCUUCACAUCUCAGUGGCCUGUACGGCGUCCCUCCAGCGAGUGCCAUCACCCACCAGCACUCACAACAGGCUCCAGAACAGGAGGUUGUCUACCUCUUUAUUCCAACUCAGGCAGUCGGGGCCUUGAUCGGCAAGAAAGGCCAGCACAUCAAACAACUCGCCCACUUCGCCGGAGCUUCCAUCAAGAUUGCUCCAGCUGAGGGCCCAGAUGUUUCUGAAAGGAUGGUUGUCAUUACUGGAACCCCGGAGUCUCAGUUCAAGGCCCAAGGUCGGAUAUUUGGGAAGCUGAAAGAGGAGAACUUCUUCUCAGCGAAGGAGGAGGUCAAACUGGAGACGCACAUCAAGGUCCCCUCUACUGCAGCUGGCAGGGUCAUUGGUAAAGGCGGAAAAACAGUGAACGAGCUGCAGAACCUUACAAGUGCUGAAGUCAUCGUACCGCGGGACCAAACUCCAGACGAGAACGACGAGGUCUUUGUGAAAAUCAGUGGGCAUUUCUUUGCCAGCCAGACCGCGCAGAGAAAGAUCCGGGAGAUCAUCCAGCAGGUCAAACAGCAGGAACAGAAGCACCAGCAGGGCGGCGCCGUGUCACCGCACCACUCCAAGUGACCGGGGCGGGGGCGCGGCUCCAUCGGGCGCCAGUCAAUGAAUGUAGCCCCUCCCAAACGAACAGAGAACUACCCAGACAAAAGGGCCGAGGCCAAGGGGGGGACGUGCAGGGGGAGACCAGCAGCACCGGGAUCAAAACCAAAGAACUUCACCAGGGGGGAAAACGAGUGAGAGCCAAAGGCCGAGGGUAUCGCGUGCACUGCCAGCCCCGCGAGAGCAGAUUGAGCGGAGAGAAAUCGUACGGAUGUGAUAUAACAGUAAAAGACCAAAAAAAAAAAAAAAAAUCUACUAGGUGGAAAUGGCAGAGAAAUUGGCCCCUGCGGUUCUCACAGAUAAAAAAAGGUAAACAGGAAAUAGUAUACUGCCCUGCAUAACGUUAUCUCUUUAGCUGGACUAACAUAGGCCUAACCAACUGAUAAAGCAUCGGCCUUAUCUUUGACUAUUAUUUUGGUUUAGAACGACAGCGAGUGACAAUGGACACCUUCUCUCACAAGAGUUUGAGAUAUUCAGAUUGCAAAGUGGAUUGUCCUUAGCAGUAUUAACACACCGUAGAUUCGUAUAUUGAUACACACUUUGGGUAUGCACUGUUGUUUUUCUCUCAAAAUGGCAGUACAACUUGGUGUAGUCUUUAAUGUGAUUACUUGUUCUAGAAAACGAUAUGCGUGACAGUCACAUGAAGCAGUUCCCCUUGUUUGUUCACAUUAUAGGCCACUGAAAUCAAAAGGAGAUAAACCCUCUAUAAGUAAA